CACAGGCACAUACACACACGCAUAUACCCAGAUACAUGUACAUACACAAAAAUACAUAUGCACAGACACAUGUACAUACAUACACAGACACAUGUACAUACAUACACAGACACAUGUACGCACAUACACACAAACACACACACAUACAUGUACAUACACGCAGACACAUGUACAGAUACACACAUGUACAUACACACAGACACAUGUACAAUUGUACAUGCAUACACAGACACACACAAACAUACACACACCCCCCCAUAAAAAAGUUGCAGUACUUUGUUGUUCACUCACAGAUCCAGGUACUGCACUCUAGGGGGGGGGGGGGGGCAGAGAGCACAGCACACACUCCUUGCUUUACUUUCACUGCGCUUAGCUAUUGAG